GAGAAAAUAAUUAAAUGGACGUGAAACGCUCAAGGUUGACACAUUGCAAAGAAGAAACAUUAUAAAAACACAGGACAGGUGGUAUUCGGAUGAGCUCAGUCUCUCCUGGGACGCAGAAUAUGCUGGGGAAUGCACACAACAACAGACAACAGCUGCUACGAUGAGAGAGAAAGAGAGAUGUCUCAUUUUCACUUUCUCCUUUUCGCUUUAAAGCUUGCCGGGUGAUUCUACAUGAAGCAGAUUAAUGGGGGGAAAUAAAAAACUAUGCACCAACGACCACCGUGCAUUCCCAGCGCUGCUUCUUGUUAGCGCGGACGCAAGGUAUUUCCCGGUUGAUUAUCGGAUAGUGUCAGUAGUAGCCUGUGACCGGAGCUGCUGCUGCUGGUGUCUCGACUACAAGCCUGCUCCUGGUGUGGAUAUGACUUCCUGGCUACGUAAAUACGACAAUCCUGUGCUGCUCUUCCUGCUUUUGGCCGCUAACAUCACCAGCGGGAGCUCUCGUUCCGGUGAGAGUGUGUGUUCGUCUCCUCCUGUCUCAUCAUGUUCAGAGUGCCUCCGACGCGGACCACGGUGUGCCUGGUGCUUUCAGGAGGGUUUCCUGGAUGGAGCUGAGGUGGGAGAGCGCUGUGACCUGGCAGCGACCCUGACCAGGAGAGGGUGUGGCCUAGAAUUCAUAGAGAAUCCAGAGGUCAUGGUGGAGGUCAACCCUACGACCAGCAGAACCCAGGUUUCACCUGGAGAGAUCACACUCACACUCCGACCAGGUGCUGAGGCCAGUGUGGUAGUAGCAGUCCAGCAGUUAGAGAGGUAUCCUGUUGAUCUGUACUACCUGGUGGAUGUAUCAGCAUCCAUGCAGGACAACCUGGACCUGCUGAAGAAGGUGGGCGUGGCCUUGUCCAACCGUAUGAGAGAACAUUCCAGUGAUCUGCGUCUGGGGUUCGGCUCCUUUGUCGACAAAAACGUCUCUCCCUACAUCAACGUACACCCCUCCAAGAUAAACAACCCCUGCAGUGACUACGAGGUGAAGUGUCUUCCAGCUCAUGGCUUCCACCAUGUUCUUAGUAUGACGUCCAACAUGUCCGAGUUUACACGCAUCAUCAAGAGACAGAGGAUAGCAGGCAACAUGGACACACCUGAGGGAGGGCUGGAUGCUAUGCUGCAAGCUACUGUAUGCCAGGGAGAGGUGGGUUGGCGUGGGGAGGCCAAGCGUCUGUUGUUGUUGAUGACAGACCAGCCUUCUCACCUGGCGUUGGACAGCAGACUGGCUGGUAUAGUCACACCCCACGACGGACUCUGUCAUCUGGAGAACAGUGUUUAUAUGAAGAGUUCUACCAUGGACCAUCCCAGUUUAGGCCUGCUGGCCGAGAAGCUUCUAGAGAACCACAUCUAUUCACUCUUUGCCGUGGAACAACUACAAUAUCAGUGGUAUGAGGAGUUGGUCAGGUUGCUACCGGGCUCCAAUCUUCUGUUCCAGGCUCCCAACCUCAUAGACCUGGUAGUGGAUGCAUACAAGAGGUUGUUGUCAGUUGUCCAGGUAUCUGUGUCAGUGGAGGACAGAGAGUUCAGUCGUUUUCUGGUCAGUGUCUCUCCUCUUUGUCCGGAAGGAUCUGAAUCCCACGACCGCAGCUGUUCCAAUGUCCAGCCCAACCAGACGGUCUACUUCAACAUCACCAUCGGCCUGCUGUCCUGUCCUGACGAUGAUGACGAAGAUGACGUGGUCCAGGUCUUCGUCAGGCCCGUGGGUUACAACGAGUCAGCCGUCAUCAACGUUCGAUCGCGAUGUCGCUGUCGCCGUUGCCACGACGACAUCGCCCACCAGUCGUCUUGUGGCGAGGACACCUCAGACACAGAUCAUAAUAAUCAAGAAGUCAACACACACACACACCUCUCACACACACACACCUCUCACACACACACACCGGAGUUGGACCUGGAGCACACACACUCCCAGGAGCGGUCGCGGCAGUGUGGUGCGGCGGCAUCGGGGCUGGACUGUAGCGGUCGGGGAGUGUGUGUGUGUGAGAGGUGUGUGUGUGAAAGGAACAGUCUGGGGACGGUGUAUGGAACGUACUGUCAGAUGGACGACUACUCCUGCCCCUACCAACACGAAAUACUGUGUGGAGGACGAGGUGUGUGUGUGUCCGGUGAGUGUGUGUGUGAGGAGGGCUGGACAGGGGAGAGCUGCGGGUGCCCGGUCUCCACGGCAACCUGCCUGCUCAACAACGGGUUGCUAUGCAGUGGGCGUGGCAGGUGUGUGUGUGGCAGGUGUGUGUGUGAUGACCAUCAACAUUCUGGAGAGUUCUGUGAGAGAUGCCCCACCUGCCACAGCUCCUGUCAGUCACACUGGAGGUGUAUAGACUGUCAUUUGUCUCACGGUCUGUCUCAGAGAAAGAUGGGGCAUUGCAACCAUACCUGCACCCCAUUGGUGGGUUACGUCAAUGAUGUCACAGGUGAUGUAUGGAGACAGUGUGUUCAUAUGAAAGACAACUGCCGCUAUCGCUUCUACACUGAACUGGUCUCAGGAAAUACUCAGCUACACAUCAACACACAGCCUGAGUGUGUAUCCAGAGGGCGGUACGUGGGGAUGUUUGUCAGUGUGUGUGUGUUGACAUUCCUCUCUGGCCUGGUGAUGAUAGCUGUACUGGUGUUGCUGUUGCAGAGACGAUCCCUGCCACAGGGUGGCGCCACCGACACACAAUACAACCCCACUGGCAAGGACCAGUCAUACAUCCCAACCACCAAUGAGAAGACCACAUCCUACUGGAGGAACUGCCCCCUGGACCCUGACCAGCCAAUGGAGAUGUAUAUCACUAUUCCCAAGAUGCCUAUGGGUGAACCCUGGCAGUGAAGUUGUCUGGGGUUGAAGUUCAGAGGUUGAAGUGGGCCGGUGCUGACCGGUACAGAGAAGCAGCAUGUCUAAUGUUCUACUGCUUAUAGAAUACUGACUCUGAAAUAUGAAAUCCUUUAACAGUUAAAUUACAGUGAGUACAGUAAAAAUUUUGAGACCACUUCAAUCACUGGUUACAGGUUAGGGGAAGGAUAGUAAAAGACUGGACUGGGCAAAACCCCAAAUAAGAGUCAUUUUUUUCUGUGGCUUUAUGGACUGGCAGCCAUUGGAAGGUACAUCGAUCAUUGAUGUAUUUAUCAAUACUAAGUAUGCUUUUAUCACAGUGAACACUACAGAGUUACUAAUUUAUUGGAUCUCUCUCAGCACUGCUCAACCUAGGUGUCCUGUGUUAGCCUCCCACCUAGUGGUCGGUGGUGGAAUGACACACAGCAGAAUGUAUGGACAGAUGGAUGAGUGAAUGAAUGGUGGCCCUCACACACUUUAUUUUGUGUGUGUGUGUGUGUGUGUGUGUGUGUGUGUGUGUGUGUGUGUGUGUGUUUGUGUGUGUGUGUGUGUGUGUGUGUGUGUGUGUGUGUGUGUGUGUGUGUGUGUGUGUGUGUGUGUGUGUGUGUGUGUGUGUGUGUGUGUGUGUGUGUGUGUGUGUGUGUGUGCCUGUGUGCCUGACAUAACUGGAGUUUUUAGAGGACAGGUAGCCUCCAAUGGUUGUUACUGUACAGAAUGCAUCUAGUUUUAAUAUUUGAAGCAAGCAUUAGUUUAUUAAAUAGGCAUUAUUACUUGUUGUGAAGAAGAGAUUUGAGAUUUGUACUAGCAUCAUAGUGUUGCAUCAGACUACUGAGAAUGAAUUGACUCCUGAACUAUGGGGUGACUGCUGAUUGGCUCCUGAACCACUGGGAAGGCUCCUGAUUGGCUCCUGUAGUCGGAAGGUUCAUGAUUGGCUCCUGAACGUUCCAUUUCUAUCUGCAUGAAUUCCAGAACUAUGAAGGAUAAUUAAUAAUACAUUGUUUAGGUUUUCUGUUUUUCUCCACAUCUGAUGUCUGAUGUUUACAGUGUAAGAUGAUAAUUUAUUUAGUCUAGAACUUUAUUAUUAUUAUUAUUUAUUAAGAUUUAUUUCCAAUUGUUAUUAUUUUUUUUGUAUUUUCGUAUGGCUAUAAUAUUACAGGACUGUAGAUCUGUUAAAUUAAUCUGCAAUAAUAACAUUCAUCUCUCUAACUGGAAGUCACAUUAUGUCAAACUUUCAACGACUGGUAGCUUGACUACUCCCGUCUGCACUGCGUAGUUCAUGGCAACGCAUCUGUCGGGAAGACAAUGAAGGGUACCUAUGUAAGGACUUUGUUACAAGUUCAUAACCCUCAUUCAUAAGCAGUACUUAAGUUGUGUUGACAAAAUUGUUACGUCAUGUCGAUCAUUUCUGCGUGAGUGACAUCACCGUCUUUGUCCAGUAAAAUGGAACCGUAGCAAUACUCCCGAAUGUUCAAACUCUUAAGUCUAAAGUGAAUCUAUUUGAACUCAGCCUGCUCACUGGGCAUUGUGUUUGUAUAAUAACAGCACUUUUCUGUAUAUUUUCUGUAGAGUCAUGUGAUUUAAGAGUUCCUGUAACAUGAUUAAAGGUGUUAGAUUUCUACUGA